CGUCCCACAGGAACAGCUUCCCUCCCGUGUUUGCCCUUGCAGCCCCCCGCAGGUGGUCGGGAUGUUGCCGAGGGGCGCCUGCGGUGCGAUGCUGAUGCGGGAGAGGGGCGAUGUUCUGCUAGGGACCACUUGAGCUGCAUCCCCCUGCGCCAAAUCGGGAGGGGACUGGGACCCUGCAGGGAUGGAGCUGCAUCUCACCCACCCCAUCCACCGUAGCCUUUCUCCUUUCUCUUUUUUCUGCCUCUCCCGGGAUUCUCCUCCACCUCCUUCCCUCCCUCCUGCCCCAGCCCCUUUCCCCUUCCCUGGCGGCGCUGCCAGGAGCCAAAAGGACUUUGAACCCCAAAGGUUCGCUCUCCGCUCCUUCCCGCGAGCCUUGGAGCCGCCGGAGGGAGAGCGGAAUACUCGGCUCUUAUCUGCGAGGGGAGGCAGGCUCGGUGGGCAGGGUUUGCGCGAAAGCUGCCGGUUUAUAAGCAGCCGGCGGCGGAGGCAAAGCUGUCUCGGAAGGCACCGAACGGGGCCCCUCGGUGCGGCGCUCCCGCCGCGAUGCCCGCGGCGCUGGGGCUGCUGCUCGGGCUGAGCCUCGCAGGUGCCCUCGGCUCCGGCAUCGAGCCCCCCGAGUACGAAGCCACCGAGAAAGGGGCCGCCCUCUUCGCCAGCGACUACAACACCACGGCCGAGAGCGUCCUCUUCGACAGCGUCUCGGCCAGCUGGAACUACAACACCAACCUGACGGCCGAAAAUGCUGCUCUGCAGGUCACAGCAUCACUGAGGGAGCAGAACUUCACAGAGCUGUGGGGGAAGAAAGCCAAGGAACUCUAUGGCGACAAGUGGAACAACUUCAGUGACCCCCAGCUGAGGAAAAUCAUUGGAUCAAUCCAGACCUUGGGACCCUCCAACCUGCCCCUGGAGGAGAGAGAGCGGGUAGGUGAGGUGGGGGGGAGCCCUGGGCAAGGCUGGGGUGCUCUGGAAUGCCUUAGAGGGAUUUCUCACAAGCAUCAACUUGUGGCCUGUUGGACUCCACUGCUGGCCUGCUGCAUUUUGGAGGGUGUCACAGGCCUCUACACAGCGAUUGAGAGGAGAUGGGUGCUGUCUCCAGGGGAUGUGGGGUGCCUUCUGGCCCUAUUAGCCAGCCCUAACCUUAUCUUGGAGAUGUCCCAGCAGGAAUUGGAGAUUUCCUGCUUACACAGAGCAGUCUUGGGCAUCACCUGGAGACCAGCCAGGCUGUGCCCAUGGCUGGAGCCAACCCUCCCAACCCCUCUGGGCUCAUCAGGUAUGCAGCCCACUGAAAAGAAGGCCUCGAAGUCGUGGCAGGAAAUCCUCCUGACUCUCACUGGCACGGGUCAGAUGGAUGCUGAACCCCUUCUGGAGUAUUUCAGCCCUGUCACCAAGUGGCUUCAGGAGCAGAACAACAAGACCAAUGAGGUGCUGGGCUGGCCUGAGUUUGACUGGCGUCCCCCUGUCCCUGAAGGCUACCCUGAAGGCAUUGACCAAAUUGCAGAUGAGGCACAAGCUAAAGAGUUCUUGUCCGAGUACAACAGCACAGCUGAGGAAGUGUGGAAUGCCUACACCGAGGCAUCCUGGGUCUACAACACCAACAUCACUGACCACAACAAGGAGAUCAUGCUGGAGAAGAACUUGGCCAUGUCCAAGCACACCCUGGAGUACGGCAUGAAGGCCAGGCAGUUUGACACCUCCGACUUCCAGGACGAAAGCGUCACCCGCAUCCUCAAGAAGCUGAGCGUCAUUGAGAGGGCAGCCUUACCUGAGAAUGAGCUGAAGGAGUAUAACACCCUGCUCUCAGAUAUGGAGACCACGUACAGUGUGGCCAAGGUCUGCAGAGAGAACAAAACCUGUCACCCACUGGAUCCUGACCUCACAGACAUCAUGGCCACCUCUCGGGACUAUGACAAGCUCCUCUUUGCCUGGAAGGGCUGGCGGGAUGCUUCUGGGAAGAAGAUGAGGAACAACUACAAGCGAUAUGUGGAGCUGAGCAACAAGGCAGCCAUGCUCAAUGGCUACAAGGACAAUGGGGCCUACUGGAGAUCCCUGUAUGAGACAUCCACCUUCGAGGAAGAUCUGGAGAGGCUGUACCUGCAGCUGCGGCCCCUGUACCUCAACCUACACGCUUAUGUACGCCGAGCCCUCUACAAAAAGUAUGGUGCAGAGCACAUAAACCUGAAGGGUCCCAUCCCUGCCCAUCUGCUAGGCAACAUGUGGGCUCAGUCAUGGUCCAACAUUUUCGACCUGGUGAUACCUUUCCCAGAUGCCACCAAGGUGGAUGCCACUCCAGCCAUGAAAACACAGGGCUGGACACCCAAGAGGAUGUUUGAAGAGUCAGACCGUUUCUUCACCUCUCUGGGCCUCAUCCCCAUGCCACAGGAGUUCUGGGACAAGUCCAUGAUCGAGAAGCCAUCGGAUGGGCGGGAGGUGGUGUGCCACGCCUCAGCCUGGGAUUUCUACAACCGCAAGGACUUCAGGAUCAAGCAGUGCACCGUGGUGAACAUGGACGACCUCAUCACAGUGCAUCACGAGAUGGGCCACGUCCAGUACUUCCUGCAGUACAAGGACCAGCCCAUCUCCUUCCGUGACGGGGCCAACCCUGGCUUCCAUGAGGCUGUUGGGGAUGUCAUGGCCUUGUCUGUCUCCACCCCCAAACACCUCCAUAGCAUCAAUCUGCUGGACCAAGUCAUGGAAAACGAAGAAAGUGAUAUCAACUACCUGAUGAGCAUCGCCCUGGACAAAAUUGCCUUCCUGCCCUUCGGGUACCUCAUGGACCAGUGGCGCUGGAAGGUGUUUGAUGGGCGGAUCAAGGAGGAUGAGUACAACAAGGAGUGGUGGAACCUCAGGAUGAAGUACCAGGGCUUGUGCCCCCCAGCACUGAGGUCUGAAGAUGACUUUGACCCCGGGGCAAAGUUUCACAUUCCUGCCAACGUCCCUUACAUUAGGUACUUCGUCAGCUUUGUGAUCCAGUUCCAAUUCCACCAGGCACUCUGUGAUGCAGCCGGGCACAAGGGUCCCCUGCACACCUGUGACAUCUACCAGUCCAAGGAGGCUGGGAAGAUCUUGGGGGAUGCCCUGAAGCUGGGUUUCAGCAAGCCAUGGCCCGAAGCCAUGCAGCUCAUCACAGGACAGCCCAACAUGUCAGCAGAGGCCCUGAUGAGCUACUUCGAGCCACUCAUGACGUGGCUGGAGAAAGAGAACCAGAAGAACAGGGAGGUCCUGGGCUGGCCUGAAUAUAGCUGGACCCCUUACACAGCCCAAGAUGACUCCAGCAAAACUGAUUUCCUGGGAAUGUCCCUGACCAAAAGUCAAGCCACAGCUGGGGGCUGGGUCCUGCUCGCCCUGGCACUCAUCUUCCUGAUCACCACCAUCUUCUUCGGUGUCAAGUUCUUCUUAAUCAAGAGAAAGACCUUCCUAUCCAUCUCAGAAAUGGAACUGAAAUAAGGCAGCCACCAGCAGGGCAACACAGACAGGGUGCAAGCAUGGGCACUUGGCCAGGCUGGCAGCCAUGCCAUGGGCACACUUGCCAAGGAAGCCAUGGGUUUCCACAACCCAGGAUUACUCUCUCCUAUCAGGUCAGACAUUCCUUUCCACUAUGCAAGAGCCAGAGCAGAGAAGAGCUAUUUAUUUGUCAAUGUCUGAAUCAGGGGAAAGAGGAGUUCGGGCUCCGGCAGGCACGGAGCCAUCACAAGCCACCCCUGUGCCCAGGGCUGGAGCUGGUCCAGCCCAGUCACCCACCAGCCAAUUCUGACCUGUGGGCAAAGCCACAGAGACUUGAGUGACAGAGGGCAGUUUGGGGAGGGAUGGAGCACAUCCUGGUUUGCCUGCUACCAGGCUGUUCGCUUGCAUGGAUGAAAAAUAAACCUAUGUCUUGUCCCCCUUCGA